AUGCAGGGAGAGAGGGCCAGUCUCGGCUACUUAUCAGAGGCCUUGAACUUUGAGCACGGUUCUACCUCAAGUAAUGGUGGGAUAGAUCACUGGGAGAAUAUUCACAGUCUUGGUGAUAAUGACUUGCAGGACUACAUGAUUGCAAACGCUGAAUCAAGCACGUCACAUGCAAACUCAGUUUAUCGUGAGCAGCAUGAUCUACACAGGUUUAGCCUCGGUGAGGCUAGCUCUAGUGGCACGAAGAACGAAGCUGCCAGUCACAAUGAGCAACGAAGAAAUGAAAUAAUUGAUUUAGACUCAUUGUUCGAAGAACCUCCUCCCGCAAAUCAACCUGUUCAGAAUGUCAAUUUGAAUGCAGAAUAUAUUGAAAUUCCCGAUGAUAUUAGUCCUGUUAGGGAUCGGUCUGGUUUCUUUGAAGCUAAUGGAGGACCAGGGAGCAGGGUUUCACAACCUGGUAGACCUUUCGAAGAUAAUAGUGUUAGAACAGGUCCGUCUGUAGAUGGGCGUCGUGUGUCCUGCAAGAGGAAAGCUCUUGAAGGUAGCAUUGGUCAAUCUUCUUCAGGAGGUUAUCGUGAUUUUCAGCAUGGAGAAAGUAGUAGUUCGUGGAGCUCAGCUUCUACGGUGUAUAGGCCAGGAAAUGGUUUAAACAUAUCUGGCUCUCUUGACCAUGGUUCCAGAGGAGUGGUCUCUGGUACUCUUCCAAAUUUUCCUGUUCCUGCAACUGCAGAGAGCUCCAGUAGGAAUAUAAAUCAGCAAGAAACUGUAAACCCAGCUGCCUUUUCUGCGGGAACUGUUGUCAGGCGACUAGCCGCUCCAUCUCAGCCACACUUAUCUAGACAUCUACCAUCAGAUCAACAACGUCUGCUGGACAUGAGACAUGGCCAAUCUUUAGGCAAUGUCUUUUCUCGUAACACAAACGCUCCUGUUAUGAGACCACCUGUUUCAAGGAAUAUGCUACCACCGUUUCAGUUGACUGAGGGCUCAAUGGCGGCUGGAUCAUCAAACUCUACCGCGCCCGUUGAGAGAAACCUUCAUGUAGAUGAAACCAGGUCAAGAAUCAUAUCCGGGAAUAUUCUAGAGAACCCCUUGUUUAUUCCAACUCCUGAGCUCCGCAGUCAGAUUAGCCGAAGUGCAACAAGUGGAAACCUGAAUAUUGCGUCGUCAGCGUACAGGACGGGCUCAACAACAGGUGUUCAACCAUCAUCUGCCAAUCUGGCAUGGACUUCCUACCAGAAUAUACCACAUCAUCAAAGAAGAAGAUCCGAACUUGUUCGUAGGUCACUGAUUUCUUCCCUUGCUGUAGAUGCUGCAAACCAGAGAUCCGGUGAUCAUCAAGCACCUCGUUCCCUGGCUCCUCCUGCCUCUCCGGAUGGGCUUGUGCUUCCGCCUGGUGGUGAUAAUAGUCAGAUGCAUAGUCGGGCUUACGCGAGAGCAGCUUCUUGGCUUGAUAGGCAAGGGGAUAGUGUGGUCGGGGUUCCUCAUACUUUCCGGGCCUUGGCAGCUGCAAACAGAGGACGAAAUAGACUUAUGGUUUCACAGAUGCAGAAUGUCUUGGAUGUCAUGCGUAGGGAUGCUAAUAAUAACUUGCGGCUUGAGGACGUUAUGCUUCUAAAUCAGUCAGUGCUGUUUGAAGGAGCUACUGGUAUGCAUGAUCGUUAUAGAGACAUGCGACUUGAUGUAGACAACAUGUCAUAUGAGGAACUGUUGGCACUAGAAGAGAGAAUUGGAGAUGUUUGUACUGGCGUAAACGAAGAAACCAUAUCCAACCGGUUGAAGCAACGAAAAUACAAACGCAGUGCAAAAUCUCCACAAGAUACAGAGCCAUGCUGUAUUUGUCAGGAGGAAUACACUGAUGGAGAAGACAUGGGGACGUUAGAGUGUGGGCAUGAUUUCCAUAGCCAGUGCAUAAAAGAAUGGCUGAAACAGAAGAAUCUAUGCCCAAUAUGCAAAACCACAGGCUUGAACACAGCGAAGAAGCGAAGAAUAGGAUGA